UACCACCUCACGCACUGCGAGGAGGCCGUGCCCCACGGGGCCACGGUGCACAAGGUGAGCCCGCCGAUCCGCCACGAGGCGCACCGCCGCGCGCUCUGGUCCGCGCUCCAGAACGGCACCGUCGCCGUGGUCACGUCGGGCCACGCGCCGGGCGACCCGCGGGGCAAGCUGCGGGAGAGCGGCGACUUCCUACGGGCGGCCCACGGCACGCUCGCGGGGGCCAACGAGCUGCUGCUGCCCGUGCUCUGGUCCGCGGCGCGGACGAACGGCUACGGCCUGGGCGCGCUCGCGGUCUGGCUGAGCUUCGGGCCGGCGAAGCUGCUGAACCUCGCGGCGGACCGGGGCCUCAUCGACGUCGGCUUCCGGGCGGACUUUGUGAUCUUCGACGCGGACCGCGACUGGACCGUCGACGCGUCGAAGCUCCAGGGCAAGCGCCUCGCGGCCGCGUGCCUCUUCCACGGCCACGAGUGCUCGGGCAAGGUCCUCGCGACGCUGCUCCGCGGCCGCCUCACGUACCGCGAGGGGCGGUUCCGGACCGCGCCGCACGGCGAG